GAUUUGUUUGUCCGUGAGAAGACCAAUGCUCUCAAGCUGAAAGAACAGCUCGUCGACUUUUCACGGGUGAAAUGGCCUCACAUGUUCUCCAGGUUUUUUAAAGCUGUUGUAUUUUCAGGGCCUAGCCUACCAAAAAACCAGCUGGUAUUUCUGACAGUGAACAGUGUUGGCAUCAGCUUGGUGGACAAGAGCGAGAAAAUCCUUUUGAAAUGGUCUUACGCCGAAAUUACUGGAAUAAACACCAACAGGGCUCCGAAUCUGUACGGCCAGAGUGUGGCAGUGAGCACCUUGCAAGGCCAGGAGUACACGCUGAGCACCAGCUGUGCGACUGAAAUAGCUGACCUGAUUGUCUUGUUUCUGAACGGUCUGAAGAGGAGGUCGGAAUACGCGAUUGCGUUACACGGCAGUCCCAGGCAAGACGAUCCUAUACUCCUCAAGUAUGAGAAGGGUGAUUUGAUAAAGUUGAUGAGAGAUAAGGAGAUCGCUGAGGACAGUGGCUGGAUUCAAGGAGAGAAUGAACACAAUGGGAAGACAGGAAGUCUCUCGCUGGAUUCUAUUUAUAUCAUUCCUACUCUUGUGAAGCCUUCACAGGAGGUGAUGAAGUUGAUCCUCAUGUCACCUGACCAGCGUCGCCAGGUAUCCCAGAAUGCCCUUGCUGAGGUGGAGGCGGUGAAAGCCAAGGUCAAGGCGUACACACUGGAGGAAUUUUCCUACGACCACUUCAGACCCCCUGCAAAAGAAUCGAUGAACAGAAUGGUGCUUGCGAGGGCUCAUGGGAAGGAUCGGAUGUGGGCGUGCUCGAGGGAACCUCUCCGACAGCCCUUACUGAAGAAGGUGUGUGCAAAUGCUGACAUGGUGGUGCUGGCCUGUCACGCUUUCACCGCCAUAAUGAAGUAUAUGGGGGAUUACCCAGGAAGGCUGGUCCAGCCUGGCACUGAGCUCACCGAUGUGAUAUUCUCUGGAGCUCUUCAGGAGGAAUUACUACGGGACGAAAUCUACUGUCAGAUUGUGAAGCAGCUGACCGACAAUAAAAACAGCUACAGCGUGGAGAAUGGCUGGCAGCUCCUCUGGCUUUGCACUGGGCUGUUCUCACCCAGUAAGGUGCUCCUACCCCAUGUGAAGAGGUUCCUGGAGACUCACCGGUCAGAGAGCCUGGCAGGGGACUGCAUCCAGAGAUUAUACAAGCUGGAAAGAUGCGGACCUCGGAAGAAUCUCCCUCACCAGUUGGAAGUCGAGGCUAUUCAGUGCCGAAGCACCAAAAUCCUGCACAAAAUCUACUUCCCCAAUGACACCGAUGAGGCGUUUGAGAUCCUCACCAGCACCAAGGCUAAGGACCUGUCUGAAAAUAUCACCAAGCAUUUAAACCUCAGCUCUGCAGAAGGCCUCAGUCUCUUCAUUCAGGUUGGGGACAAG